CUCCUCCUCCUCUCUCCCUCUUCACUCUCCCCCUCUGCGGCUCUAUCUGCUGGCGCUGCAGUGAAUCUCUCCCCCGCUGUCACAAACCGUAAAGUCAGACAGCCGGUGGUCGGUAUCUCACCGUUAAAAGUCACAAACCUCGUUAAAACGUCGUCUGUAUCUGACCGCGUCGAGCCGUUACCGGAGCUUUGAAUUACUCUCCAAGCAGCUUCAGACCCCCCCUGCACCAAAAUGGGAAAUGAAGCCAGUUAUGCCCUGGACAUGUGCUCGCACUUUGAUGCUGAUGAGAUUAAGAGGCUAGGGAAGAGAUUUAAGAAACUCGACCUAGAUAACUCUGGGUCUCUGAGUGUGGAGGAGUUUAUGUCCUUACCAGAGCUCCAACAGAAUCCCCUCGUGCAGCGAGUUAUCGACAUAUUCGACACAGAUGGAAACGGGGAAGUCGACUUUAAAGAAUUCAUCGAAGGAGUCUCCCAGUUCAGCGUCAAAGGUGACAAGGAGCAGAAGUUACGUUUUGCCUUCAGGAUCUACGACAUGGACAAAGACGGCUACAUAUCCAACGGUGAGCUCUUCCAGGUCCUCAAGAUGAUGGUGGGAAACAACCUGAAGGACACCCAACUCCAACAGAUCGUCGACAAGACCAUCAUCAACGCAGACAAGGACGGCGACGGCAGGAUAUCCUUUGAGGAGUUCUGUGCGGUCGUUGGUGGAUUAGACAUUCACAAAAAGAUGGUGGUGGACGUCUGACAAGUUUAUUUUUUCUUCCUCCAUUUACUGAAGAUCUGCUUGAAGACGUCGUCCAUCAAAACGCUCAACGAAAGUAUUUUCUCUGUGAAUCUCCCCUCCUCCCCCCGCCUCCCUCCCUCCUCACCCUCCCUCCCCCCCGAGCCUUCUGAAGCCAAACUCUCACCACGUAUUAUCGAACAGGAACUCUCUGUGACUCGUCGCACUUUAAAAGCUGACGGACGGCUUUUUAACGCAGAGCGACGGUUUCAGUUUGGUGGAGGAAAGCUGGAGUGUGUGUGUGUCUUUGAGUGUGUAUGUGUUCUGUAUGUUUUACUGGUUUUUCAAGGUAUGUGGGUUUUUUAUAUUUAUUUUGGUGUCAUUGGGUUUUUUUUCUGUGGAGAAUCAAAGGAGUCUAUCUUACAGAGAGUGAACUUUAGUGGGUGAGUGUAGUUAGCGGUGAUGUUACUUGAUUUCAGAACAACACAAACACAGCAUGAAGUGCCAACAAGAAUUUAAUGACAUGCAGUUGAAUUACAGGUAAAAAUCUGUGUCUUUAUUUUCGAGAUGUAACUGUAUUAUUGAAUGCAUUUAUCUUACUGGAGUGUUGCAUUAUUUACACUUGAAGAUCUGCUUCAUUUCACAGUCGUGUUCGGCUACAUUUUGUCAGAAAUAAAGAGGGAGAUUGGGCACUACAUGUUUUUAAAGGACAGACUUUGGCUUACAUAAGCGCUCAUAUUUGCUUUUUUUUUUGGGCACUUUUGUGUUAAGUUGUAAUAACAAUGUAGAUAUUGACGUGAACUUUAUUUACAAGUCGGAAGUGACUUAUUACAUAACUCUGACAUGACAUGAACGCAGCAUACUGUCAGGGACGAGCGACUACUGUUUGAGAGUACUCUAUGAAAACUGCUUCACACACGUUUGUAGAUUCACUGCAGAAAUCUCAACACAUAAAACUCUCAGCUUUGUGGAAUAAAAUCCGACUUGUUGCCGUUUGAAUUCAGCCACGAAACGCUUGUCAAGGGUUUUAUAUUUUCUGUAAAUCUGAAGAAAAUUAAAUUAGUAAACCUGCAGAAAUUUCGCUAAUUCUCAUUAAAGUGGAAAUAGACAAGUUUUCCCCUUCCUAGCUUUUCUAAGUUGUCGCAAAGACAAUCGGAUCACUUUCUGUUUUCCUUAGAGACGACCAACGACCGCAGGAUGUGCCGUGCUUUGUUUCCCAACGUUACUUUGGUUGCAUCACUGUUCACCAUUUCUGCUACUGGGGAUAAUCGCUGCGGAGAACUGAGGAAGAGUUACCGAUAAGCCUCAUUUCCACCAAGCACCACUUCAUCCGUGUCUGUAAGCGCUCAGAAAACGUGCACAGAUAUAGAUGAAAUUAACGCAGAGUCCGGACAGAAGGAUCAGUUUCUGUGUCUAACAUGGAGCAUAAAUUAAACCCUAACUUUACACCGGUGAAUCUUUAGAAGAAGGCAGCAGGUAUCUGUUCCUUCAGCAGUGUCUGACUGGGGUGAUGUUGUCGGACAGUUCUUUAACAUGUUGUCUAGAUGAAUUAUUAGACACAGCUUCUACACGUUGGAGACGGGACGCAUUAAAACAAUUCACACAAUGCCACGAAAAAAAAUUUGCCAAUCUCUCAAAAAUUCUCGCUCCGCUUGUAACUCUUUCUGGACUGUCUGUCCUUUUUGGUGAAUCCAUCCGCAACACUGAGUAAGCAGGGUAACGGCUGCACGUUAGGUUUUUCAUUUUUUAAACAAGGCAAGCCAAAUGUCGCCCGCAUGCUCACAGUUUUUAAUUAUAACAUAGGUGUAUGUGACGCUGCGAUGAACAACAUGAUGUGAUCGAGACUUUUCAGGUUCCGAACCAAAGUCUGAAGAUAAUUUCCAUCGCAGACAACAAGUUUCCUCUGAGGAAAACUUCCUGCGGCGUUCCCAAACUGUCAGUGCGUCAUGGCGGGGAGAGCUGUGUGAUUAAACAGGUUAGAGUGAACAUGAUAAGGCAUAAUUGUCACAGCGUUUAAUGCACUCACCUGUAAUAAUCCAUCCUCUCUGAUCCCACCCCAUGUCUAAGUGUGCCCCAGGUGCAUCAUCAUUGCGCUCCAGUGUGUGAUGAUACACUGCAUCGCAGCUCGAUGUGACGUGUAACACAACAGCGCCAGUCUCUCGUUUGACAUAAAACAUACAUGUCAGCAGCGCUUUCUAAACAGUAACAAUGGCAUUAACGUGUCAGUAACAAUUAUUUACCGUCCCUUUGGUAUGGCGGCUGGUCUUGUCCUCUGCUCGGAGGAGCUCAUUGUUUUGCCAAGUAACGGACAUUCACAGCCACCGUUCUUCUUUGAGUUAGCCACUAACUGCUACGAGCUAAAUCUCUCAGCAGUGGGCGGCACACAUGACGUCUUUAAAAUGUCACACCUGUGCCGGCCAUGACCCCAUCUCACAGGCGGUCCUAUUUAUAUAGAUACUGUUUCAGCGCUGUUACUGCGUCCCAUGGCGGGUUAAAGACGAGACAGCUCCCCCCAUUCUGCGAUCGUACCUCAUAUACAAAAUGGCGAGGCGGUGCGAUAGUGUAAAUGGGGCGCAGUUGGCAGGGCGCACCUGACUGCGAUUCUGUGGUUCUAACGGCACUAAACUUAAAGUCUUUGUUUGAAAUGCUGCUAAAGCUACUGGGGGAAACGAAAGCACCAUCCUCUUCCUGUUUUGGUUGUGUACAGUGGUCGACACGCUUCCUUUGUGAUGUAAAAGCCUUCAUUUUACUGGAGGAUCGUACGCGCUGGAAAACAGCACUGCACAGUGAAAGCGAAGUUUAUAGGGAACCAAUCUAAAUGCAGAUGGUGUCAUUAUUCUACAGCCAUGACAUCGUGCAAUCAGCAUUUCCGUCAUAAUAAUUAAAAAUGCUUGUCUGUUUCCACUUUACGUCUGCUUUGUGAAAAUUAACUGUAAAGCCACUGAUUGUUGAACUCAGACUCUCACUUCGACUUUUAGUUUUUAAUAAUUCUGUACAAAGAAAGUACAUAUUGUUGUGUUUCUACUCCUGUAAGAUUUCCUAAAAACGAGCUCCAUCAGGGCAGAAUGAGCAGAGACAAGACUGUAAAUGAUUUUGUAAACCAAACACAGUGAUGUUGUGUCGUACUGAACGCAGCUCGUCUGCUUUGGACGUUCACUUCUUUAUACUCCAGCUCUCUUUGGGAAGAAGCGAAGCCAAGGAGGAUAAAAACAGAAUGGCUGUUUAACCGCUAAAAGCUGCUGUACUCAGUGUUUAGUACACUGCCGGCUUUAUUUACUGACGCUCUGCAAAAAGACUUUUCUACCUGAAGCGGAAGACUUGUGACGUGUUUGCAUGACGUGUGAUCUGAUCUCCUCUUCUUCUUCUUCUUCUUCUUCUGCCCUCGCUCUUUGCAUGUAGAUCAGAUUUUAUUAAAAGCUCUUUAAAGCUUUAUUAAAGGUCUUUUUUCAAAGCUGGUCUCAAAAUUUAAUGAAAUGAGUGAAAUGUCUUGCGAAUGCAAAUAAUCUCCUCUGUGCAUGCUAGUGUAUGUAUUACUGGUUAAGUUUGACCACUUGCAUAUUUGAAUUUUUAUACAGUUACACAAUAAAAUCUACAGUUUUUGGUGCAUGUUCAAUAGAAGUCAUGAAGAAUAGCUUCUUUCAAUAGAACUUUAACCCUUAAAAAAAAGUUUCUUUCGCUGUUAUAGUUUCAUAUUUUGAACGUGUGGAAACGUGUCAGGGUUGUGUUUUUAUCAGAUAAUGUGUUCCAUGGUGAGGAUAAGUAAUCUUAACAUGAUUUGUAUUGUAUUUCAUUAAUUUUGCAUUUCAGAGUUUUGGCUCAUUUCAUGAAAUUCAGUGAGACCGUGUUGUGUUUACAUAUAAAUAAUGGUGAUAAAUAAAAAAAUAAAAAAAAACAUGAACAUUUCAAGCACGUUGAUGUUGCCAAUAAAGGUUUAAACAUUAAAAAAAAAAAUACAACUGUAAUCUUAAAUGUUUUUUUAGUCGCCUGCCACUCGCUCUGUUUUAGGGAUAAAUCCUUUUUGUUUUUUUCUUUAGGUUGAUAAUUUUUUGUUUGUUAUAAACAGUUAAUAUCCUGUUUGUUUAAUCUGAGGUCGGUGCUGAAAAAUCUUCUGUUGGUUUAAAGGGAUGUUUGUGAUGGAGGCCACACGGACUCAGUCUUAGAUUUUCACUCCUGUUUUCAUCUUUGCUGCAUCACUGAAACUUCAUACAUGGAAAAAUGAGAAAUAAACUGUUUGAAAGUUGUUACA